CAGCAUGCUCUGGCUGUGGUGGUGGUGGAGGUGAAUGAGGGGGAAAGGUCUGUCCUGCUGCCCUGUCUGUUCUCAGGUUUUAUACCUGAGGACAACACAGUGAUGUGGACCUCCAGUGACCUCGAUCCCAAAUCUGUACAUCAACGACGAGAAGGAGGAGACGAUGUUAGAGGACAAAACCAGCGUUACAGCAGACGCACAUCAAUGAAUCGUUACGCUUUCAUCAUUAAAGACUUCAGCCUCACUCUGAGGAAACCCACAAAGACUGACAGCGGCAACUACACCUGCUCCAUCAGUGCUGGAGGGAAAGAACGGAGACUUAGAGACAUCCAGCUGCAGGUCAAAGACCAGCAGGUGGAGGUGAUGGUGAGGGAAGGGUCACAGUCUGUCAUCCUGCCCUGCAACACAACACCUGACCUGCCUGAGGACACCGCAGUGGAGUGGACUCGCUCUGACCUCGGACUCAUCACGGUCCAUGAGUAUUCUAACAGAAAUGAUGACAUCAUGACUCAGGAUGAAGUUUACAGAGACCGAACGAAGAUGAAUGAAGACCUGCUGAGAACUGGAGACCUCAGUCUGACCCUGAAACAGCCCAAAGUGAAAGACACGGGACAAUACAUCUGCACCAUCUACAGAGACAAAGACAUACUGAGACAGAAAAUUGUGCUGCAGGUCAAAGAACAACUGUCAUUCUGGGACGCAGUUCUCCUGUUUUGUCUUCUCGUGUUUCUUCUGAUUUUCCUGCUUCCUUGUGUGGUUUUAGUCUUAUUUCAUUUUAUGCAGUACUUCAUGUCAGUUUACAUGGUGGAGGUGGAUUCAGGGAAGGAGUCUGUCCGGCUGCCCUGCAAAGCUAUAGUCGGAUUCCUUAAAGACACUAGAGUGGAGUGGACAAAUAGAGACAACAGGAAGAUCCACAUAUAUCAGAAUGGCUCUGAUCAGCCUGGAGAACAGGACGAGUUUUACAGAGCACGAACGAAGAUGAAGACAAACUUGCUGAAAACUGGAGACCUCAGUCUGACUGUUGAAUAUCCCACAGAUGAAGACACAAACACCUACACCUGCACCGUCUACAGUAUGAAGGGAGACAUCUUGUUAACAAAAACUGUGAAACUCAGUGUCAGAG